AUGAGUUUGGGUCUGCAUUUACCGGCGGAUAAACAAAAUAUCCCCAAGACUGUGGAACAAAUAAGACAAGAGAUAUUAGAUAGAAUCUUUGAUCACGUCCCCAGAAGAAAAAGGACUUGUUACGAGUUCCUUCGCAAGGAUACAGAGCAACACCUUCCUUCUGUCCCACAAGAAGAUAAAGAUGCGAUAUUGAAGAGAAACAUCCCCAAAGGAAGAAAGACUACUUCUUGCGAAGACAAGACGCCGCCGGAAUGGCUUGCCCAGGUGAUGAGUCGCAUGAAAGGAGCUGGUGACCCGAAGCUAAUCAUAGAGAAGACUCUGGACUUGAACGAUGUUGAUCCACUCCUAAACCGUCUCUCGAUCCCUAUCAGCGACGUUAUCCAAAACGAUUUCUUGACGCUUGACGAGUCGAGAAUGAUUGAUGACGACGACAUCACUAACCAAGGGAAUAUGGGCGUGGCUGCGUUUCUUGUGGAUCACAGAACUAAAAGAUGGAAUGUAGAUAUGAAGACUAGUUCAGGGAGAAGCUACUGGAGUUUUGUCUUGCGUGGUGAAUGGAGCAACGCCGUUGAGACUAAUGGAUUGAAACAAGGCGACAAUAUCAGUCUUUGGUCUUUCAGGUCCAGUGAAAUCCUCUGUUUUGCCCUUGUUCAUCUGACUAGCUCUUUCUGUGUAGAUAAGUAA